AAAGUCUCGCGUGGGCUUGGGAAAGCGAACGGUUUGUCAAGCCGUAACGUUAACUCUACCACAGCUUCCUCACUGACAGCUGAUUAGAUUUACAACAGGCGGUCAGUGUGAGAUGUUCACACACUUUUCUUCUUUUAGGGACUGUGUGACAAAUCAGAAGAAUGUGUUUUUGUCAAUGGGUGUGAGUCGGCUUGAUGUUCUGUAUAGAAGGCUUCUCCUCACCAAACUCUUCAUUCAAGGAUGGGGAAAGCCAGAAGACCUGAAAAGAAUAUUUGCAUUCCGGAAGAUUAUUGGCAACAGGGAGAAAUGCAAGGAUCUGGUACAAAGAGACUACCCAGUGUUUAUUGACAAGGUAGAAGAUCACACAGAUUGCAAAAUUCACAACGGUCAUUUCAUAUCGCCGCUGGAGCACUUUGUCCCGGGCAUCUUGCCAGCUGAGUCCGUCAAAGCCCGGUUCCAAUUUAUUGUACCUAAGAAAUGGAAAAGGCACAGACCAGUCUGUAUUCACCUGGCUGGAACAGGAGACCAUUUUUUUUGGAGAAGACGAACGCUAAUGGCCAGACCAAUGGUUAAAGAAUCAGGCAUUGCAUCUCUACUGUUGGAGAAUCCUUAUUACGGAUACAGAAAACCUAAAGACCAGCUCCGCUCCAGUCUGAAGAACGUCUCCGAUCUGUUUGUGAUGGGUGGAGCGCUGAUCCUGGAGUCCGCUACACUGUUACACUGGCUGGAGCGAGAGGGCUUCUGGCCCCUGGGAAUGACCGGUAUUUCCAUGGGUGGACAUAUGGCGUCAUUAGCUGUAACAAACUGGCCCAAACCAAUCCCACUCAUACCUUGUUUAUCCUGGACGACUGCUUCAAGUGUUUUUACCACAGGUGUUUUAAGUCGAGCUGUGAAUUGGAGAGAACUGGAAAAGCAGUAUUGCGCACACCCAGUCUAUGAGGAAGAAAUCAUCAAUAUGUUGGAGUAUUGUGGAACGGACUCAUUCCGGAUGGGCCAGGAAUUCGUAAAAAAUGCCCCAGGCAGCUUUGACAGUCUCUCUGACCUGGAUCUCACCCAUGACCUUCUUGACCUCCACUCACCAGAAAGGGACCACCAGAUGGGGCUGCACUCCACUUGUUCUCAGUCUGGGACUGGAGGUCACUCCUCGGACUCAGCCCUGCUGAUGGGCCAAAGAGAGAGAGACGGGCUGGAUCAGAUGCUGUCCGCUGUGAGCAGCAGCGGUCCUCAUUUGGACAUGCUACACGCUAAAAACAUCAGCUGCGGAGCCGCUCAACGGCAUUCGCUGCAGCUGGAGUCCCUGUGCUUCAUGAAGGGCGUUAUGGACGAAUGCACACACAUCGCCAACUUUUCAGUGCCUGUAGAUCCCAGUCUGAUCAUUGUAGUCCAGGCAAAAGAAGACGCAUAUGUUCCACGCACCGGAGUUCGCAGUUUACAGGAAAUCUGGCCUGGCUGUGAGGUCCGCUACCUCAAUGGCGGCCACAUCAGUGCCUACCUCUUCAAACAAGGACUGUUUCGGCAAGCAAUUUACGACGCCUACGACCGGUUUCUUCAGAAGUAUUCCGGCCUAUAGCCACAGAUUUAUUUUUGGUACUCGGUACUGACAAGAAUGGUUGGAUUUUGAAAGUAUGAUGUGGAGAUGUCGAUCAUGAGUAUGACUGUGACUCUUGCAGAAGAUUGUGUUAUUGGAACUAAACCUGGUGCUACCAAAGGACGUCAGUGUGAUACACCUCAUAACUUACAUACGCUCAACCCAUACAGAACCUUGUCUUCCUGACCUCAUUGCCUUUAAUCGUAUGCAUCAUCGUGACUAAAACACAUUUCACUAAACGAAAUGAAGAUGUGCCUCCAAACCAUAAUCCACUUACAUAUAAAGGUGUCUUUAAACCUCUUCAUGUCGCGGAUCUCUGAAAAAUACAGUAUUUUGGAUUGUUGGGCGAAUAAAUGAAUUUGAUACGAAUGCGAUAUUUUUGUUUUGCCAACUGAAUUUUCUAAUUAUAGUCUAAUUUUAUAAAGUAAUGCAUUAGAAAAAGGGCAAGGGCACUUUUUAAUCUUGCAUAUGUAUCUCAUUACAAAAAAAGUAAAAAUUGAGUUCAUCAAGUCAAUAUAUAUUUCCAGUUUUUAAACGGGUCUUUAGCAACGACUAGUGCUCAUGAGACAGAACUCAGGUCCUGAUGGCCAAAAAAAAUAUGACCACAAUUCAAAAUAUACAUUUUUCUCUGAACUCCUGCGUGGUUUUCAAUCCCUUAAAUCCUAAUCACUGCCAAUUGCUACGGUAACAGCUAACAAUCAUAAGGUUUCAAUGGACUGAAAUGUUUUAUGUAUUACUGCUGGCACUUUAUCUGACCUAUCCUGUUCAAUAUUCACUGUAUUCAUCAUGAGCCAUCCGUUUGUUUCUCCACUCUAAAAAUAAAAAGACAAACCACA